CUCUCCAUUACUCCUCGGCUCGUCGUCCCCCCCCACUCCGCCCUAACUGCUCCCCCCCCCCGUUCCCUCCCGCCUCCCUGCCCGCCCCACUUCUCAUUCACUUGGCUCGCACGGUGCAGACAGCGCAGGGAGCACACACCGCCAGUCUGUGCGCAGAGCCGGGAACCAGAGGCCGCGAGGACACCCGACCAUGCACGCCCCCAACUGAAGCAACACCUCAAAGCCGCAGCUCGCAGCAGCCCUGCGCAUUUCAGGGAACUCAGGCUCAGAGGAACCUCUGCGGAGAGCCCCUCUAAGCCCCCUUCGGGACAGUCUUCAGCCCGACGCUCCGCGAAGUGCAGACAGGAGCGCGCAGUGGCCCCGGAUCGCCGCGCCAUGGAGCGGAUCCCCAGCGCGCAACCACCCCCUGCCUGUCUGCCCAAAGCUCCAGUACAGCACGGAGACCUACCAGGAAUGGAUUUUGCCCACAUCUACCAAGUGUACAAGUCGAGGCGGGGAGUAAAGCGGAGCGAGGACAGCAAGGAGACCUACAAAUUGCCGCACCGGCUCAUCGAGAAAAAGAGACGUGACCGGAUUAACGAGUGCAUCGCCCAGCUGAAGGAUCUCCUACCCGAACAUCUCAAACUUACAACUUUGGGUCACUUGGAAAAAGCAGUAGUUCUGGAACUUACCUUGAAGCAUGUGAAAGCACUAACAAACCUGAUUGAUCAGCAGCAGCAGAAAAUCAUUGCUCUGCAGAGCGGUUUACAAGCCGGUGAGCUGGGGAGAAACGUGGAAGCAGGUCAAGAGAUGUUCUGCUCAGGUUUCCAGACAUGUGCCCGGGAAGUGCUCCAGUACCUAGCCAAGCAUGAAAACACUCGGGACCUGAAGUCUUCGCAGCUCGUCACUCACCUCCACCGCGUGGCCUCCGAGCUGCUUCAGGGUGGUACUUCCCGGAAACCAUCAGAUCCCGCUCCCAAAGGGAUGGACUUCAAGGAGAAACCCAGCUCCCUGGUCAAAGGCUUGGAAGGCCCUGGGAAAAACUGUGUACCGGUCAUCCAGCGGACAUUCGCUCCCUCCAGUGGGGAGCAGAGCGGCAGUGACACGGACACAGACAGUGGCUACGGGGGAGAAUCAGAGAAGGGCGACUUGCGCAGUGAGCAACCCUACUUCAAAAGCGACCAUGGACGCAGGUUCGCCGUGGGAGACCGGGUCAGCACCAUUAAGCAAGAAUCCGAAGAACCCCCCACCAAGAAGAGCCGAAUGCAGCUGUCAGAGGACGGAGGCCACUUCGCCAACAGUGACCUGAUCAGCAACCCCUUCCUGGGCCCGCACCCGCACCAGCCUCCCUUUUGCCUGCCUUUCUAUCUGAUCCCACCGUCAGCAACUGCCUACCUGCCGAUGCUGGAGAAGUGUUGGUACCCGACCUCAGUGCCAGUGCUCUACCCGGGCCUCAACGCCUCCGCCGCCGCGCUCACCAGCUUCAUGAACCCAGACAAGAUCUCCACGCCCUUGCUUAUGCCGCAGAGACUCCCUUCUCCCUUGUCCGCCCAUCCCUCCCUCGACUCUUCUGCCUUGCUCCAGGCUCUGAAGCAGAUCCCCCCUUUAAACUUAGAAACCAAAGACUAAACUCUUUAGGGGAUCCUGCCGCUUCGCUUUCCUUCUUUCCUACUUCCAAAAACACAAACCAACGUUUUUGUGAGUGCAGCGAGGUUGUUCCGUGGUGCACACAGAGAUGAUCGGAGGCAUGGAGAGGAAUCCCGGGGGGUGCGCGCACGCGCAUGCGUGCAAGUAGGCGCGAAUGCCCGCGAGUUGGUGUAGGACCUUUCAAGUUUAUUUUGGCGUAGGGAAGAUGCCAUAGGGGGAAUGAUAGCAGCCGGCUGGGCUUUUCCCUACCCAGAGAAUAGCCCCCUUUGACACAGCUCAGCUGAAUUUUCAAAAGCUUCAAAGUCUUGUUCUGUGAGUCACAGUGCAGUUUGGGAGUUUGGGAGUCCGGUCUGUGGCUUUGAGAAAAAGAUACUUUCAAAAGAGGGUUUUCCAGAGUACAGCUCCUAGCCAGCUGUUAGGACCCCACCCUUCUCCCUUUAUUGUGGAGGUGACUCACCAGACUAGGAGGAGAGAGCAGUCAGACCGAGCUUUCUGCUAAACUGGUGAGGUAGCAGACACUGGCACAACCCGGUAGGGUAGUGGUUUGGGGAGAUUUCCGCAGGUCUGCUCCCCAGCCCUGCCUCCUCCGAUGAACAGAGAGAAUGUAGUUGCCCUACUCAGGCUUACACAGUGAUUCGCCUACUAAGGAACUGAAAACGGCCCCUUUGUACAAGCGGAGCCGCGGGGGAAUGACUGACCCGAGGCUCUGGCACCUGCUUCAAGCUCUCACGGUUCAGACAUGCUGUCCAGGGAACCAAAUGAGGUCUCAGAGAUGCCCGUACCCGCAAGCGCCCCAAAGUGCACAAAGCUAAAUAACCAGUUGCUACCUUUAAAGCAGAGCUAGACUCGGUUUUAGACUCUACCCUUUUAACCAAGCUUAGCUUCCAAAAGGCCUAACCAAGCCUGGGUGCCGCAGGAUCCUUUUCUGUAAGCUAAUUCCUCUUGCCCAACAGCAUAUGGGGUGUCCUUAUUGCUAAAAAGGAUUCUGUCUCCUUCACAGAAGUUUUAUUUUUGAUUCGGAGUCCUUGUUUUCCUGACUUGUCCAGACAGUGCUGCACCAGCUUUUCAAAAUGCACUAUGCUUGAUUGCCCAUCAUGGUUUUUGUUUUGUUUUUUUCCUGUUUUUAUUUUGGUAUAAAGUCGUUGCCUUUAUUUGUAAAGCUGUUAUAAAUAUAUAUUAUAUAAAUAUAUUAAAGAGGAAAAUGUUUCAGAUGUUUAUUUGUAUAAUUACUUGAUCUACAAAGUGAGAAAAAUGAAUGUAUUCCUGUUUUUGAAGAGAAGAAUAAUUUUUUUUUUCUCGAGGGAGAGGUACAGUGUUUAUAUUUUGGAGCCUUUCUGAAGGUGUGAAAUUGUAAAUAUUUUUACCUAUGAGUAAAUGUUAAGUAGUUGUUUUAAAAUACUUAAUAAAAUAAUCCUUUUCCUGUG